UUUAAAUUUGUUAAUUUUACUUUUAACACCUAAAACCUAAAAUAAUUAUCCUGGAGCCUAUAACCAGUUCAUCACCUACCUCUGGCAAGCCGCAAUUUAUCUCCCAACAUGCCGAAAAUUAUUAAAACAGAUAAAUUGUUGCGUUUUGAAGGAGGUGCAUGUACCCCCUACAACUACGUGGACUAAUUUGCUUAUAUGUAAGAAAAUGGAAAAAGGGUGAGAAGAUUAUUAUUUUUAACCCAACCACUCGAGAGUUGGUAGAUGUGCCUCUAGUAGGAUCACACAAUGUAAAACAUUAUCAAGAAAUGAGAUAUUGUGUAGUUUGUGGUUUUGGGUUUGAUUCUACAAGAAAUGACUACAAAAUCAUUUUAAUUACAACAAAUACUAUAGUGAAUUGGACGUGGCUUGAUGUUGAUGUUUAUUCUGUACGCGAUGGUCAGUGGCAUAGCCUGAAUGACUUAGGCCCUCUUCAGUCUCUUGACAAAUUAGCUUGCUACAAAAGAAUUGUAGCAAUUUCGAAUGCCAAAGGUAGGAUACUCAACUUCAAGGCAAUAUUAUGCAUCAAAGGAAAAAAGGAAGAGUGUUUAUUGUCAUUCGACAUGGUAGAUGAAGUGUUUAGGGUCAUCCCCAUGCCACCACCGCAACAACAACGACGACGACAACAACAACAACAACAACAACAAGAUUAUGAUCUGUUAGAAUCAAAUAGUAGUAAAUGGGAGGCAUGUCUUUAUAAUCAUGUUAAUGAGAAUAAUGGGUUGGAAUAUGUAGACAUAUGGGUACUAAAUGAGAUCUCUAAUUACAAUGAAGUCACGUGGAGUAAGCGUGCUUGUAUUAAAAUACCUAAUAAGUACUACCUUGAUUGUAUAGUAGGAGUUUGGAUGAACGAUAAUGAGCUUUUACUCAACUUGAGGGAGAAAGUUGGGAAAGAUUUGAUGAAAACGGAGAUGUUUGUUUAUGACGUUUCCGAUCAACGGCUAAUACGAGCUGGUCGGAAAGAUGUUAGGUGGUGGUUCCAAGUUUACGGAGAGAGUUUGGUAUCGAUUAAGGGUAACAUUGGUUGUUACAAUCAAGAUGUUGAGCAAAAUGAUCAACUGACAUUUUUCGUGAGAGAAAUUCUUGGAAGGAGUCAUGUUCUAUGGUCUUGUAGUUUUAAGUUUGACGAGUACUCAUCUACUUCCUCCGUUUCUUAAUAAAUAAAAUAGA